ACUGCUCACAUCACAACAAUCAACAUGGAUUAUCAAAAUCGCGUGGGUUCAAAAUUCGGCGGAGGUGGUGUAGCCUCCCACUCCGCCACCAACGCUGACCGUCGCGAGCGCCUUCGCAAACUUGCCUUGGAACACAUCGAUCUCGACAAAGACCCGUACUUCUUCAAAAACCACGUUGGCAGCUUUGAAUGCCGUCUUUGUCUAACCGUUCACCAAAAUGACGGCUCCUACCUCGCCCACACCCAGGGCCGCAAACAUCAGACCAACCUCGCCCGGCGCGCCGCCCGGGAGCAGAAAGAAGGCAAAUCUCAAGCCGAUGGCUCUUUACUCCCUGCCGGCAUGGGUGUACAAGUGAAGCGCAACACAGUCAAGAUAGGUCGCCCGGGCUACAAGAUCACCAAGAUCCGAGACCCGCUCACAAGGCAGCACGGCCUCCUUUUCCAGCUACAGUAUCAGGAAAUUACGCCUGACGUUGUGCCGCGCGUGAGAUUCAUGUCUGCUUUUGAGCAGAAGGUGGAUGAUCCGCCGGACAAAAACUUUCAGUACCUUCUUGUUGCAGCGGAGCCAUAUCAGACGUGUGGAUUUAAGUUGCAGGCGAGAGAAGUGGAUCGGAGAGAGGGCAAGUUUUGGACAUGGUUUGAUGAGGACAGUAAGGAGUUUUGGGUGCAGAUACUGUUCAAGACGGAGAGAGAAGAGAGAUACUCCGGUGUGCCUGGUCUGGCUCCAAGUCUACCGAGGCGAUGAGUUGGGAGAUUAUCAGUGAUGUGCUUAGAUUCUGCUUGGGAGUUUGGGGCUGGAUGGUCUGGAGUUAGAAUGUCAAAAUUGGGCUGGUUCUUCGGAUUAGGAGUUCUAUGAAAUCGAAUAUGUAACACAUAUG